AUGGCCUUCGCGAACUUGCUGUCAAGUGUCACUCCAUUUCACGGUCUGGUUCUCUUGAUCUUCCUUGGACUGUAUGUUGUUCAACUUGUUGUUCGCCGACUCUACUUCAGCCCCAUCUCGCAUAUUCCGGGCCCUAAGCUAGCUGCUGCAACUUGGUGGUAUGAGUUCUAUUAUGAUAUCGUACUAGGUGGUCAAUACACUUUCAAGAUCCUCGAACUACACAAGAAAUAUGGCCCCGUAAUCCGCAUCAACCCUGACGAGGUCCAUGUUGGAGACCCAGAUUUUUACCCCGAACUCUACACUGGCCCUGGCCGUCGUCGAGAGAAGACGAAGUUCUUUGUUAAACAAUUUGGCGCAGAUGAGAGUGGUCUAGCGACAAUAGAUCAUGAUCACCACAAGCUCCGUCGUGCUGCGAUAAAUCCUUUCUUCUCAACACAGAGCGUGAGAAAAUUGCAGCCGGUUAUCGAAGAGCGAGUUGACGCUCUUCUCAAUCGUCUAUUGGAGUACAGCAAGACAAGCUCCAAGCCACUAGAUUUGAUGUAUCCAUUCUCAGCAUUUACAAAUGUUGAGGACCCUACUUUUGGCAAGGAGGUGACAGACAAUCUACUUCAAGGGACACACUAUGGUAAAUGGAUCCAACAUAUUGAGAUCAUCCUUAAGUUUAUCAAUGCACUUCCUGAGUUUGUCUCAGAGAACUGUGUGCCAGGCUGGUCUGGUUUCCUCAAGAUGAAGCGUGACAUCCUCCAGCAGAUUGCAGAGAUUAAAGCCACCGAGCACACUGAGAAGUGGCAGCUCGAUGUUUCCCACCCAACCAUCUUCCACGAGAUGCUUUCGUCCAAGCUUCUGCCGGAUCGCGAGAAGACCCUCACCCGCCUUGCGCAGGACGGCCAGAUCCUCGUUCAAGGCGGAACCUUGACAACCUCCUGGACGCUCGCCAUCGCCACGUUCCACCUUCUCAACGAUCCCGCCUCCCUACGCAAACUACGCGACGAGCUUUUCACGGCCAUCCCGGACUCUCAUGACAUCGUGCCCCUCGGCACGCUUGAAGCACUGCCUUUCUUGCGCGGCGUUGUGAAGGAAAGUCUGCGUCUCGGCUUCGGCACUAGUGGCCGGCUGGCGCGCGUCGCUCCGGACGAGGACAUGCACUACACCGAUCCAGAGACGGGCAAGAAGUGGACAAUCCCGAAGGGAAACCCCGUGUCGAUGACGACCUACAAGACCGUCACAACUGAGGCAAUCUACUACGACCCUUUCGGCUUCCACCCGGAGCGCUGGCUCGGUGACGGUGAGCAGCGUCUCGAGAAGUAUUUCACUGUGUUUGGCGGCGGAACUCGUGUCUGCCAGGGUAUGCCGCUCGCUCAGUCCGAGCUGUUCCUUGGUCUGGCCAAGAUGUUCCGCGUUUGGGGCAGUGAGACGGAUCGUCGACCAGGUGAUGUUGGUGUGAUCAAGACCUUUGAGACGACCGUUAGGGAUUGCGAGAUGGCACACGAUUACUUCAUCCCGAUUCCUUGGCAUGGCACCAAGGGAAUCCGAGCGGUAUUUGAGAGCUCCUAA